ACUAAACGUUUGACGGGGAGGAGGGAGCCCGUGGGCCUUUGGGAGCCGGUAUUGCUGAAAGGAGAAUUCUCAGUUUGGUGCUCGUUCCUGAGGGGCAAUCCUGAGGGGCGAAGCUGCUGAGCCGUGCGGUGGCAUCUCUCCCAAUAACGAGUUGCCACGUGAAGGGCCGUCUGUGAGCGCCCGUUGGGCACCGGGUGCUCCUUGCCCCGGUGUUUACAAUCUGUCGGUGAAGAACGGGGCUUUUUGUGCCUGAAGGCGUUGUCUGCCCCGAGAGGCCCUCGGGUGCUGCUCCGCGGGCUGAGGGCAAAAGCUGGAGCUGAGGCCGCCUUCUGGAAGCCUCCUUAAGCGCUGGUUUCCGUGGGGUAGCAGCAGUUAAGGGUCCGUGCUUUGCCACCCAGUAAAAGCAUGGUGCUGGCUUUUUGAGGCAUGGAAUAAUUAUAAAGGAAGAAAGGAAGGUAGGGGAGGAUAUUUUAAGAAUCAUCAGGGUUGGCUGAGGGUAAAACAGUCACAGGGUCAGCAGCAUUUUGCGUUCGGAUUGAUGUGCCCGUGCCGUUGUUCAGGCAAGGUGUAGCACAGAACGCACACAAAGAUCCGCCUGCACGUUUCAGCCUAUAGAUGGGGAUCUGCUGCUGAUCUGUAUUGUUCAAAGAACUUUCUUUUCCCUCGGUGCUGGGGGGUCCCAGCUUUCCACAAAUGAUAUAUAUGAAUUUAGUUGGAGCAGGAUUGCCGAGGCGUGUCUUAUGACGUUGCUUUUCUGUUAUUGAGACAGCUCAGGGGUGCUUUUUUUGUGGGGCAUUGUCAAGUAUACCGUGCUCAUUUAAGCUGAGUGCUGCAUCCUUAGUGAGGACAGGCCUUGGCAGCUGUACCCAGUUGUCCUCUGCUCUGCAGUGCAUCACUGACACGAGGGGAUGGUGCUGCUGCUGAUACAGCUGAACGACAUCUGUUAGAUGUACUGCUGUGUUUCACUGCCGAGUCUGGAGCAGUUUCUUCUUUUUUGAUUCUUUUCUCUUUCUGAGAGACUGAACUUUAGGUUUGGUCUUCUGAGUCAAAUUUUGCAUUAUCUGUUUUGUGCCAUUCUUUUUGCACAGGGCAACGUUGCUGUUUUCCUAUUGAUUCCCAAGGUUGAUGCAUGUGACAGAACGAAUUACUGUUACAUGUAGUUAGCGUUUGUGUAAUUUUGGAAUCACCUUAAGCCAGCAGAGAAUCCUAUACUAGACCUCCAUUUUCCAUAACUCAGCUAUGCUGUUUGUACUCCAGAAAUUAAGUGUAAUUAACUUAAUACCAUCUAUUCACUGCUUUGAACUGUGUGCUUGUUAACAACAUUUAGUCCUUCUUUUUUUUUUCCCCUAGUUUAUUAAUAUAGGAAUAUAUAUACAUUUCUCUGAAGACAUAUUCCUCGCUCAGGGACAGUUCACGAGCUACUAAAGAUACAUAACAACGUUCUGUUGUCACAGAUGAAACGUGCUGUAGGCGUGUAACAAGUUGUGCAGAACUUAUUGAGGUACCUUUUGGCUUGCUACAAAGACUAGCUAUGGAGAAGUGGAGCUUAAUGACAAUUACUGUUUUACUGGCACUUACUGUACGCUGGACUGUAUCGCUUGGUUCUUAUUCAGGUGCAGGAAAACCACCUAUGUAUGGAGACUAUGAAGCUCAGAGACACUGGCAAGAAGUUACUUACAACUUACCCAUCAGGCAGUGGUACUUCAAUACAAGUGAUAACAACUUGCUGUACUGGGGCCUUGAUUAUCCACCUCUUACUGCCUAUCACAGUUUUCUGUGUGCUUACGUUGCAAAGUUAAUAAAUCCUGAUUGGAUUGCUCUCCACACAUCUCGGGGGUAUGAGAGUCAGUCACAUAAGUUAUUUAUGCGUACAACAGUGUUUGUUGCUGAUUUGCUGAUUUAUAUUCCUGCAGUUAUUUUAUAUUGUUGUUCCUUAAAGGAAACAUCUACUAAAAAGAAGGUUUCCAGUGCUCUCUGUAUACUUCUUUAUCCAGGCCUCAUUCUUAUUGACCAUGGACACUUCCAAUACAACUCAGUGAGCCUUGGAUUUGCCUUGUGGGGUGUACUUUGCUUGUCUUAUGACUGGGACCUUCUGGGCUCGGUAGCAUUCUGCUUGGCCUUAAAUUAUAAGCAAAUGGAACUCUACCAUUCUCUGCCUUUUUUUUGCUAUUUACUUGGAAAAUGUUUCAAGAAGGGACUGAAAGGAAAGGGGUUACUGUUAUUAACUAAAUUAGCAGGGACAGUGGUGGUUUCCUUUGCUGUCUGCUGGCUCCCGUUCUGUACUGAUGUGGAACAAAUCAUGCAAGUACUCAGAAGACUCUUUCCCAUUGACCGAGGCUUGUUUGAGGAUAAAGUAGCCAACAUUUGGUGCAGCCUAAGUGUCCUUAUAAAGAUAAAGAAUAUAGUAUCACCUCAGACUCAGCUCAAGCUCAGUUUUGCUGUAACAUUCCUGAGCCUGCUUCCUACUUGUAUAAAGCUGACUGUCCAGCCAUCUCUACGAGGAUUUAAAUUAGCCCUGGUUAGUUGUGCAUUGUCAUUUUUCCUGUUCUCCUUUCAAGUACAUGAAAAAUCUAUUCUCCUAGUGUCAGUACCAGUCUGCUUAAUCAUAAAUGAAAUCCCUUUUAUGGCCACGUGGUUUCUACUUGUAUCAACCUUCAGCAUGUUGCCUCUUCUUCUGAAAGACGGCCUGCUGUUGGCCUACGCUGUGACGACGCUGGCAUUCCUGUCAGCCUGUGUGGCUUCCUUUGCAAUAUUUGAAAAGACCUCAGCAAAGGACCUGCAGCUGAAACCGUUCUCCGUGUCCCUGCGGGGCUACUUCUCUUGGUUUAAGCCGUUUCCCAGGAUUGUCAGGAAUCUGUUCCUUCUUUCUGUAACCCUGAUGGGCGUCCUGUCUGUGAUGAGUGCUGCCGUGCAUCCUCCACAGAGGUUCCCGGAUUUAUUCCCCGUAUCGGUGUCCAGUAUUUCUUGCUUACAUUUUUUAUUCUUUCUGGUGUAUUUUAAUGUAAUUAUACUCUGGGACUCAAAAAAUAGUAGGAAUCAGAAGAAAGUCAGUUAACCUGUGAAGAUUGUGGACUAAACAGUGAAAGGACAGUGGUUUUAGUGAACAGUGUCUGACGUUGCAGGUGAACUUGUUUAUGAUGUCAUACAAUUCCUGUAAGCUAUUGAAAAUUGGGAAACAUGUUACACGUUUAGCCAUGAAGUGAUCAAAGACUGUUCUAAAGGCAUAUUUUGAAGAAUACUUGGAAGUGAAAGUUGGUGUGUUUCCUUCAGAACUGUAAUACUUGUUGUUGCCUAAUAAAGGACCAAAUUUUGAAUGAAUGCA